AUGGAAGGGGUCAGAUCCCCAUCGCCGGGGGAAGACCUGGAGCUCUUGGCGCUCGGGGGGCAGCCGGACGAGCAGAAGCCUCUCAAUGGAACCGUCCAGGUGAUCCCUCUUUCGGUCGAGGAACCCUGCCCAGCCCAGGUGAACAAGGAGAACCCUUGGAGCUCCUGUAAUAAGAAAUUGAUUGGAAAGUGCAAACUGUGGAUGGUCAUCGCCUCUGUUUUCCUAGGUCUCAUUGUAGUCAUCAUCAUAAGCUUAUGUCUUAUUGGAGUAACUUACAUCGAUGAAGAUGCAAAUGAAAUACUUGAGUUAUCAUCAAAUAAAACAUUCUUGGUCAUGCUAAAGAUUCCAGAGGAGUGUGCUACUGAGGAGGCGUUGCCUCACCUGCUCAUGAAAAGGCUCACAGAUGUGUACACUUCAUCCCCGUCACUGAGUCGUUAUUUUACUUCAGUGGAAAUGAUGGACUUCAGCAAUGAAAAUGCCACAAUAGCCUACCACCUGCAAUUUGGGGUUCCUUCAGAAGGUGACGGCUUUAUGAAGUACAGGAUGAGUAAGGAGUUGGUGCACGGCGUGUUGCUACAGAAUCUGCAUGAUCGGGGAGUGCCUGGCUGUGAGACCUUGGGACUGGAUCCAGCGUCCCUCUUGCUCUACGGGGAAGGAGUCAGCUAGUACACUAAAUGAGAAACAGAG